UAGCAGGGAAACAUUAAACUAUAUUAAAGUUUUAAAGUCUUUAAAUGUGCCGACAUUUCAGACCGCGCCUUUAUAAUGUCAGCCGCCGGUUUCUGUCAGCGGACUGCGCUGCGGCAGCUGCUCAGUUCGCCCGCUUUUAGGACCGUCCACUGCAGGAUGGUCAGGACAUCAGCAGCAGAGUGGAGGCACCGACGAGGCUUUCACACCACAAACUCGGCUUUGGUAACAAAGAUUCUGACAGUGGAUGAGAUCUUUUCCAAGAAGUCCCUUCACAGGCACCUUAAGAGAGUUCAGACUGAAUACAACGACUUCUUACAAGCUGUAAACGCUGGAGACCUUCAAGGAGACGAUGAGGAGUUAAGAGCAAAAAGGACAAGACUGUCUGUUUUAGGGCCUCUGAUCCAAAAAAUCAGGGAAUUAGAGGAAAACCAGAAGGACUUUGAGGAGGCUGAAGCAUUACUGAAAGAAAAUGACCCAGAUCUGCGUGAACUUGCACAGUCUGAGAGGGAGACCUGUCAAACAGCUAUUCACACAGUCAAACAAACAAUUCUCUCGCUUCUGGUACCUGAGGAGGAGUCAGACAUGAGUGACUUGGUCCUAGAAGUCACCGCUGGGGUCGGAGGUCAAGAAGCAAUGCUUUUCACCGCAGAGAUAUUCGACAUGUACCAGAACUUUGCUUCUUUCUAUGGCUGGGACUUUGACACUCUGGAGUUCAUGCCAAGUGACAUUGGGGGAUUAAGACAUGCCACAGCCAGUAUAAGUGGUCCCUUGAGCUAUAAGAAGAUGAAGUUUGAAGCGGGGGUCCAUCGUGUGCAGAGGGUCCCAAAGACCGAAAAGCAGGGCCGUAUGCAUACCAGCACUAUGACGGUGGCGGUCCUGCCUCAGCCAGCAGAGAUCUCUUUUACAAUUAACCCCAAAGACCUGAGGAUUGAGACGAAGAGAGCCAGUGGGGCUGGAGGACAGCACGUAAACACGACUGAUAGUGCUGUGAGGAUUGUGCACUUACCGACAGGUAUAGUGUCUGAGUGUCAGCAGGAGCGCUCACAACUCAAAAACAAGGAGAAGGCCCUGAAGGUGCUACGGGCCAAACUCUACAGCGCAAAGUUGGAGGAGGAGACUAGUAAGAGAUACCAGGCCCGCAAACUUCAGAUUGGCACCAAAGGCAGAUCAGAAAAAAUCAGGACCUACAACUUCUCUCAGGACCGAGUCACUGACCAUCGGAUCGGGAAAACUCUGCAUGACAUACAUGGAUUUUUAUUAGGAGAGGAUCUGCUGGAUGAGAUGAGUUCGUCUUUGCAGCAGUUUUCUGACCAAGAGGCUCUUAUGGACGUUUUGGAGGAUAAUGAUUCAGAUUAAUAUUUAAGACUGACACUGAAAAUGAGUAGUAAAUGCCUGUGUGGGGGUGCUGUGCUGCAUUUGAUGGCUUACAUACAGCCGCAACCAUGUUCUCAUGUUGUUUAUACUUCAGUGUCAUCGUAAAUAAUCUACAGCUUUCUGGAAUUCAGUUUUGAGCAAGAUACUGUCAUCAAAGUUAGCCUGAAUUUCCUGAAACAGGCCACACUUGAA